CCAUCUUGUGUUUUCUGCUUUCUUUCUACAUAGAAUAAUUACUGUAUCCGUCUUUACUUUUUUUUGAACUGCUUUCCACAGAGAUAGGUUUCAAAAGAUUGUUCCCAAUCAUGGAGUAAUUCUUGCCAUUGAGGUUUUUUACUAAAAGAUGGAGCAACCUCUCUGUGAGGUGCACUGCACGUUCUCAGUGGGAACCUGAUGGACUCUGGUUAAGGUAAUGUAGAUUUUCACAAACUUAUCUGACUGAUCGCAUCCAUAAUUACAGAUUUUCACGGUGUAUCCUGUUGUAAGAGGAGCAACCACAGCAGCUGGCUUUUCAUUAUCAAGUUCUGGUUUCUUCUGCGACUUCUUUUGCAUCUUGUUCUUGAGUUCCGUCUCAAUCUUGGACUUUUCACUUGUAAGAGUAUCACGUAGUCUUUUCCUAGUGGACUUUUCCAGCAAUACUUUGACCUCUUCUAGGUCUUUCUGUAACUCUUCCAAAGGAAGCAAUGAUGUGGCUCGUUAGACCCGAGGCCGAAGCUGCAGCCGUGCACUGAAGCAGAUGGGAAAAGCUGAACUCGCCACCCACGAGCAGCGCCGGCAGUGAGCUCCACCCAGCAUGACACGGCGGCCCACCCUCCACACAAGACGGCUAGUCAUUGUUUUGUUGCUAUGAAGAGACACUGUGACCAUAGCAUCUCUUAUAAAGGAUAUCACUUACUUGGAACUGGUUUACAGUUUCAGAGGUUUAGUACAUAAUCAUCAUGGGAGUACACAAGCAGAGAUGUUGCUGGACAAGUAGCUCAGAGGUCUACAUCUGGAUCCUCAGUGAGGAUGCCAUGAGGAAAGCUGGUGUGGCCCACAGUAAAUCUAGCAAGGAUAUGGAGAGUCAUGUGUUCCUGAAGGCCAAGACCCGGGAUGAGUAUCUUUCCCUUGUGGCCCGACUCAUUAUCCAUUUCCGAGAUAUUCAUAACAAGAAAUCCCAAGCUUCUGUCAGUGACCCCAUGAAUGCACUGCAGAGCCUUACUGGUGGACCCACCCCAGGAGCAGCUGGGAUUGGCAUGCCUCCUCGGGGCCCAGGACAGUCCCUGGGUGGGAUGGGUGGCCUUGGCGCUAUGGGACAACCACUGCCCCUCUCCGGGCAACCACCCCCUGGAACCUCUGGAAUGGCCCCUCAUGGCAUGGCUGUGGUGUCUACAGCAACUCCACAGACUCAGCUGCAGCUCCAGCAAGUGGCAUUGCAGCAACAGCAGCAGCAGCAACAACAACAGCAAUUCCAGCAACAGCAGGCAGCACUGCAGCAACAGCAGCAACAGCAGCAGCAGCAACAGCAGCAACAGCAGUUCCAGGCACAACAGAAUGCCAUGCAGCAACAGUUCCAAGCAGUAGUGCAGCAGCAGCAGCUUCAGCAGCAGCAGCAGCAGCAGCACCUGAUUAAGUUGCAUCAUCAAAGCCAGCAACAACAGAUACAACAGCAGCAACUGCAGAGGAUGGCACAGUUGCAGCUGCAGCAACAGCAACAGCAGCAACAGCAGCAGGCUUUGCAGGCCCAGCCACCAAUGCAGCAGCCAUCAAUGCAGCAGCCACAGCCUCCCCCUUCUCAGGCCCUACCCCAGCAGCUGUCACAGCUGCAUCAUCCACAGCAUCACCAGCCACCACCUCAGGCUCAGCAGUCCCCCAUUGCUCAAAACCAACCACCACAGAUCCCACCACAGUCACAGAGCCAGCCUUUGGUGUCACAAGCACAAGCCCUUCCUGGACCGAUGCUGUAUGCUGCCCAACAGCAGCUGAAAUUUGUCCGUGCUCCGAUGGUGGUCCAGCAGCCGCAAGUGCAGCCCCAGGUGCAGCAGGUGCAGCCCCAGGUGCAGCCGCAGGCAGCAGUGCAGGCAGCACAGUCUGCCCAGAUGGUAGCUCCCGGCGUCCAGAUGAUUGCUGAAGCCUUGGCCCAAGGCGGGAUGCACGUAAGAGCCCGGUUCCCGCCCACCUCCACCAUGUCUGCUGGCCCGUCAAGCUCCAUCUCUUUGGGCGGACAGCCCACAACACAGGUCAGCCAAAGCAGCCUCACCAUGCUGUCCUCACCGUCACCAGGCCAGCAGGUGCAGACCCCACAGUCGAUGCCACCUCCCCCACAGCCGUCCCCACAACCUGGCUCACAGCCCAACUCUAAUGUCAGCUCCGGCCCUGCCCCAUCUCCCAGCAGCUUCCUGCCUAGCCCUUCACCACAGCCUUCUCAGAGCCCAGUGACAGCACGCACCCCACAGAACUUCAGCGUUCCUUCCCCUGGACCUUUAAACACCCCUGUGAACCCCAGCUCUGUCAUGAGCCCAGCUGGCUCUAGCCAGGCUGAGGAGCAGCAGUACCUGGACAAGCUGAAGCAAUUGUCCAAGUACAUCGAGCCCCUGCGACGCAUGAUCAACAAGAUCGACAAGAAUGAAGACAGAAAAAAGGACUUAAGUAAGAUGAAGAGCCUGCUGGACAUCCUCACCGACCCCUCGAAGAGGUGUCCCCUGAAGACCCUGCAAAAGUGUGAGAUUGCGCUGGAGAAGCUCAAGAAUGACAUGGCAGUGCCCACACCCCCACCACCCCCAGUUCUUCCAACCAAACAGCAGGACCUGUGCCAACCACUCCUAGAUGCAGUCCUGGCCAACAUCCGUUCACCUGUCUUCAACCAUUCCCUGUACCGCACAUUUGUGCCAGCCAUGAUGGCCAUCCAUGGCCCACCUAUCGUGUCGCCAGUGGUGUGUUCCCGGAAGCGCCGGUUUGAGGAGGAUGAGCGGCAGAGCAUACCCAAUGUGCUGCAAGGUGAAGUGGCAAGGCUGGAUCCCAAGUUCCUGGUGAACUUGGACCCUUCUCACUGCAGCAACAACGGUACUGUCCACCUGAUCUGCAAGCUGGAUGAUAAGGACCUCCCUAGUGUGCCACCACUGGAGCUCAGUGUGCCUGCUGACUACCCUGCCCAGAGCCCAAUGUGGAUCGACCGUCAGUGGCAAUAUGAUGCCAACCCCUUUCUGCAGUCAGUGCACCGGUGCAUGACCUCAAGGCUGCUGCAGCUCCCUGACAAGCACUCGGUCACAGCGCUGCUCAACACCUGGGCCCAGAGCAUCCACCAGGCCUGCCUCUCAGCUGCCUAGCAAACUGGAACUUCAGGACUGCCAGCAGCCCUUCUGGCUAAAGAUCUCACGCCGCCUACCAGACAUUACUAAGUGUUGGCUUCUUAGAGGGCCUGGGUUAGGUUAGCUUUCCUGCUUUUACCUUCUUUGGUGGGGACCUGCCAGCUGUUUCCCAUUCUUGUGCAGUAUUGACUGGGCAGCUGUGAAGCUGGCUGCUUGAGGGCCUGGCGGUUUCCCCAGAAGGUUUUCCAUUGGUUUGGUUUGUUUCGUUAUUUUUUGUUUUUUGUUUUUGCAGAGGUCAGGCCCCACACUUCCUCCAGCCUUUCUGGGCUUCCAUGCCCACUCAGCAGCAUGAGAACUCAGGGCCCCAUCAAAGCAUCUCUGUUUUGCAAUACAUUGUACUCAUUAUGUGGAGAAUGUGCAGGACAUAGGAAACCCUCACUCUAUACACAGUUCUCCAGUCACACUGGGGCUCAGGCGUGCCUCCUAAGGCAUGUGGACACGUCACAGGAACACGUCUGAAUCCAGGGCACACAUUUCAGUUUGGAAGAAAGACCAAUAGGGCAUCCGCAGGAUCUCUGCCACCAGCAGAACCUCCACUUUCUGGGCCUCCUCAGUCAUGUGAGGAGGAGAAUCAGCUGGAGGCAAGGGGCUGUCCCUGACAUUCCUGCGCCAAUCUUGGGUGAAGGGCUGUCAGUGCUAUGAUACACAGGCAGAUAGGCAGAUACUAUCACUGGGACCCACCAGCCUCAACACCAUAUUCUCUUAUUCUCUAUACCACCACCAAGCGUGUGGGUUUCCUUCGGAAUACUGCAGAUGGCGCUCGCCACACUGGGCAGCAAUGGGGAGCACUCUGGUGAAAAUUCCCCUUUUUAUAUGUGCACUACUCUGUCAUAUGAUUCUUAUAAUAAAUUUAUUAUUCCUGUGUUUGUCAGGA